AUGCACGCGGAAGUAGAGCGAGAACUCACCUAUUUGCUGCUCAUCGAAUUAUUGGCAUACCAGUUUGCGUCGCCCGUCAAAUGGAUUGAGACGCAAGAUGUGCUGCUCAAAGAGCUGCACAUCCAGAACCUGCUGGAGGUUGGACCGGCCAGCACAUUAGUGAACAUGCUCAAACGCACCCUGCAGCAUGAUAACUAUAUCAUACACGAUAGCGCGCUCGGUCUAACUCGGAAGCUUCUCAGCUAUCAUGACCAUGCCGCCGAUAUUCAUCGCGGUUUCACCGCAAGCACAGAUCUCAAAGCAAUCACAGCAGAAGCAUCACCACCUAGCUCAACGGAACCUUCUACUGUCGCUGCUUUGCCCAUAGAGCCAGUGGCUCCGCCUUCAGCAGUAGUGGAAAUUGCCGCUCAACCAUCCAUCGCCGAUGCGCCCGUGCCCGCCCAGACAAUUGUGGUCGCCAUAAUCUCACAGAAGCUCGAUCGAGCGAUGGGCAAAGACGACCUGCGCAAGUCUGUAAAGCAGCUGUGCGGCGGAAGAUCGACAAUGGAGAAUGAGAUAACCGGCGAACUUGAGGCCGAGUUUGGGAGUGUGCCCGAGCACGUCGAGAGCAUCGAACUCCAGGCCCUGUGCGAUCAAUUACAGGCCUCACCUGCAUUUUCUGGGCAGCUGCGCCGUAUAACAACGGUCAUGAUCGCUAAGAUGAUAUCUCUGAAGAUGGCGGCGGACUUUCGCACGGCGCAGAUCCGCUCAUAUCUCGAGAGCCGUUGGGGACUUGGUCCCGGUCGUCAGGAUUGCAUCCUUCUCCAGGCUAGUAGUCAACCACCAGCACAACGCCUAGCCACAGCUGCGGAAACACGGGAAUUUCUUGACGUGAUCGCGCAGGCGUAUUUUGCGGAACAUGGGUUAAAUGCUUCUCCGGCGCCUGUGCCGCUGCAAUCGGCGCCCGUCCCGACUUCCGUAGCGGGUCCUCAAGAGGUCGACACGGCGCGACAGUCAAUCGAAAUCGCCCAGCUUGAAGAGCAAGCCGGUCGCUUGGGCAUUGAUUUGAAUCAGCGAGCUAAGGUCACCGUUGAACGGGAUGAACAAAUUCAAUCCCUACAAGGGGAGAUCGACGCGUUGAUAGCCGAGUUAGGCGACGACCUCAUCUCCGGCGUGCAGCCGCAAUGGUCUGCAUCACACAUUCGUCGGUAUGAUUCUUACUGGAACUGGGGAAUUCAGGAUCUCUUCAACACGUUAGGAGCGGUUCUUCGUGGGGAAGUUGGCGUGGGUGAGAGCUGGACACGUCAACAAGUUCGAUUGAUUGCUAACCGCGCGUGUCCGCGUCUUCUUCGCGUCGUGCAAUAUCUGCAUCGCCAAACGCUGGAUGGCAAACUGGAUGGAAACCUCCAUGCGGCUUCCACUCUCCUCGCUAGCUUGACCAGCAGCGCAGAAAGACAGAGCUCGCCUACCAUUCGGCCUUUUGCCCAAAACGUCCGUGAACGACUCACAGUUCCUCGCACCAUCAUCGGAGACGAUGGAGAAAUCACGUACGAGGAGUUUCCUUGUACAUCAACUGAGAUCCAACCUGCCGGCGUUACGCUUAGUAUCAAGAAUUCCCAAGGCUGGUGCGAGCAAGAGCAGGCGACCGAGAUCUACACCCAGCUGUUGAAAGAAGCCAGUGGCGCCGAAGCUCCCACAUUCGCCGACAAAGUCGUGCUACUCAUCGGAGCAAGUCGCUCAUCGAUCGGCUCUGAGAUCUUACGUGGACUGCUUGUUGGCGGUGCGGACGUGAUCGUGACCACCAGCCGCUUCACAGCCAGCAACAUCGACUUUUUCCGCGAAAUGUAUGUCUCGCACGGUGCGCGCGGGUCACAGUUACACGUCGUAUCAUUCAACCAAGGCAGUCAUCAAGAUGUCAACUCACUCAUCGGGUGGAUUUACGACGGACUAGGUCUUGAUCUCGACCACGUCGUCCCCUUCGCAGCAAUCUCUGAAUCCGGUCGCGAGAUGGAUAAAAUUGACUCACGUGCUGAAUUGGCUCAUCGCAUGAUGCUCGUCAAUGUCUUGAGAUUGAUAGGUCGGGUCGCGCAUGAAAAGCGCGCCCGUGGAUACAACGGCAACGUUACCCAGGUCUUGCUCCCUUUGUCGCCGAACCACGGCACCUUCGGCGGAGAUGGUCUCUACGCCGAGUCGAAAAUCGGCUUCGAGCCUCUUUUUGCUAAAUGGGAGUCUGAGAGCUGGGCGCCAUACCUGUCUAUUUGCGGUGCUUCGAUCGGGUGGACCAGAGGGACAGGCCUGAUGAAAGCAAACGAUCUUGUCGCUGAGGGAAUGGAGAAGAUGGGUAUUCGCACAUUCUCGGUGGAGGAAAUGGCGCUGCAUCUGCUUUUGUUGAUGAGUAACCCUGUCGCGGAGCGUUGCGAGACCGCCGCCUUAUAUGCAGAUAUUACUGGUGGACUCGGCCAGCAUCCUAACCUUAAGUCGAAACUAUCAGCACUGCGCGAGGAGAUGCAGAAGAUAAGUUCGAUACGAAAGGCCGUCAUGGAAGACCAGAAGCUCGAUGCCAGCCCGGAUCUAAUGGAGGAUCGCUACAUUCCUGCGCCACCACCGCUCGCCAAUCUCCAGCUAAAAUUCCCCGCCCUCCCAGACUACGAUACUGAGAUUUGGCCCCUUUCUCAAGACCUCCGCGGGAUGGUUGAUCUCGAGCGCGUCGUGGUGGUCACCGGUAUCGCCGAGUUGGGACCGCAUGGAAAUGCACGUACGCGAUGGGAGAUGGAAGCGGAUGGUCAUUUCAGUCUGGAGGGAUGCAUUGAAAUGGCAUGGAUGAUGGGCAUGAUCCGACACCAUAGCGGUGAAAUCAAUUCUGAAUACUACGACGGCUGGGUGGAUGUUGAAGGAGGACACCCAGUCGCCGAUUCAGAGGUCAAGAGUCGCUAUGAGAAGCGAAUCCUGGAGCAUACGGGUAUUCGGCUCGUGGAGCCAGAGUUGGAUAUUGGCUAUGGGCCAGAUCCCACACGCCGACAAUUGCUCCAAGAAGUAGUUUUGACAGAAGACCUUCCGCCCAUCUCUACCUCGAAGGAACUAGCGACGCAUUUCCAGGCCGAGCAGGGCGAUCUCGUGGAUGUCUACUAUCCUACCGAUCAAAACAACGAAGAUGAUGUCCGGAUGCGUCUCAGAAAGGGUGCCACAGUCCUUGUGCCUAAAGGCCUAAAGGUUGCACACCCUAUAGCCGGGCAGAUACCCACAGGCUGGAAUCCAAAGAACUACGGACUAUCCGACGAACUCAUCGCCCAUGUCGAUCGUGUCACACUCUUCACCCUCGUCUGCGUAGCAGAGGCACUCUUUGCCAGUGGCCUCACCGACGCCUACGAGCUUUAUCGCUAUAUCCACGUCUCCGAGCUGGGUAAUUGCAUCGGCUCAGGGCUAGGUGGCAUCCACGCAUUGAAACGUGUUUUCCGAACGCGUCAUCAUGAUCUCCCCGCCGCGUCAGAUAUCCUCCAAGAAACAUUCAUCAAUACAGCGCCAGCAUGGGUAAACAUGCUAUUGAUGUCAGGAGCAGGUCCACUUCGUACACCCGUUGGAGCCUGUGCAACAGCACUGGAGUCUCUAGACUCAGGCUACGAGUUGAUUUCUACUGGAAAGGCAAAGGUUUGCCUCGUCGGCGGCGUAGACGAUCUCGACCACGAUAUUGCCGUCGAGUUCGCCAAUAUGGGCGCGACGUCAGAUCCCGCCAAAGAACAUGCCCAGGGCCGAUCUCCUGCUGAAUCCUCUCGUCCUACCAGCUCAACACGCGCUGGCUUUGUGGAAACUCACGGCGCAGGCGUGCAGCUGCUCACCACAGCACGGCUAGCUCUUGACAUGGGUCUACCGGUGUAUGGCGUUAUUGCGUGGGCCGGUACUGCCAGCGAUAAAGCAGGCCGCUCCGUGCCAGCGCCCGGACAAGGCCUAUUGACCAACGCACGCGAAACAACCGGCAAGUUCCGCUCGCCAUUGUUGAACAUGUCCUAUCGACGUCGCCGCUUGGAUCAGCGUCUCGGUCAAAUCUCGAAAUGGGAAAUGGAUGAAACUGCCGACUUGGCCACUGAAGACAUGCCAGAUACAACUCUGCUGAUGGAGCGCCAACACUGGAUCACCAACGAAGCAUCUCGCCAGCGAAAAGAGGCGCUUGCUACAUUUGGCCUUGACUUCUGGCACGGCGAUUCAUCUAUCUCACCCAUCCGCGGCGCUCUGGCUGUAUGGGGUCUGACUGUCAAUGACCUGGAUUUCGCCUCACUGCACGGUACAUCGACUGUGCUGAACGACUUGAAUGAAACAGACGUCAUCCAGAAACAACUCAGUCACCUGGGCCGAGAGGACGGACACCUCCUGUACUGUAUUUUCCAGAAAUACUUGACCGGCCAUUCGAAAGGCGCAUCCGCCGCGUGGAUGGUGAAUGGGUGCUUCCAAGCGCUUAACACGGGUACGAUCCCCGGCCAACGCAACGCGGAUAACAUCGACGUCCGACUGAGGGCUCGUAAAGAUCUGUUUUUCCCCAGCAAGACCAUUCGGAAGACGGGUUUGAAGGCUUUCUCGGUGACCUCGUUUGGGUUCGGGCAGAAGGGUGCCCAGGCUUUCGGUGUACAUCCGCGAUAUGUUUUUGCUGCUGCUACGGAAGAAGAGUAUCAUGCCUACUGUGUCAAGGUGCAGAAUAGGCAGAAGAAAGCGUCGCAGGUUUGGGUUAAGGCUAUGGCUGAGGAGCGGGUGUGCGAUGUGAAGGAUUCGCCGCCUUGGGGAGAUGGAAUGGAAAUGGAGACGAUGUUGAAUCCUUUGGCGAGAUUUUAG